AGUACCAAAUAGGUUCACAUAAUCAACCUCGCUAGAUAUAUACACAUCUCCCCCUUUUUCCGAUCUAGAGUCUAGACAAACCGAAUCAUCACGAGAUGAGCUUCGUAGUAACCAAGUCCUCCCCACCGGCGCUCGUUCUACCGUCGAAGCCAACGCCGGCCGGUGACAUUCCUCUCACUUCCACCGACAAGUCCCGGCUCUUCUUCUCCUUUACAUCGUUCCAUGUCUUCGAGCGUCCCAUUCAUGAGCCGGCUCAGACGAUACGGCGAGCACUGUCCCAGGCGCUGGUCUACUACUACCCCGUUGCUGGCCGCGUCGCGGUCGGCACCGGAGGCCAGGGGGGCGUCCACCUCGCGUGCACUGGCGAGGGCGUGGCGUUUGUCUCCGCGACGGCAAGCUGCACCCUGCAGGACGUCGCGUGCCUGGACGCGCCGCCGGUGAUACCGCUAGCGGAACUCGCGCUCCAGUAUGGCGGGUGCUGCCGGAUAUCCGACCCCCUGCUGCUGAUGCAGGUUACCGAGUUCGCCUGCGGCGGGUACAUCGUCGCCGUGUCGUGGAACCAUGGCAUCGCCGACGCCUUCGGGCUGGCGCAGCUGCUACAAGCCGUGGGCGAGCUCGCUCGCGGGCUCCCCUCGCCGACCGUCGUUCCAAUCAGGUAUGACGAGUCCCUCCCGGACAUCCCGCAGCUGUUGUCUGCUGUGUUAAAGCAGGCGCCUGCUGGGUUCGAGUUCAAGCACAAGGACUUCGCCUACAGCGACGUCACCGUCCCUUGGAGUUUCAUCAACCGCGUCAAGGGAGAGUUCCGCCGGAGCCACGCCGGCGGCCAACCCUGCACCACAUUCGAGGUGGUCACCGCCGCGAUUUGGCAGUGCCGGACCCGUGCAAUCAACGCUAGCCCCGACGUCCCCGUGCCUCUCGUGUUCGCGGCCAACGUGCGAAAGCACAUCGGGAGCAAGGACGGCUACUACGGCAACUGCGUGUCCACGCAGCUGGUGCAAGCGACGAGCGGCACGGUGGCGAACGGCUCCAUCGUUGACGUGGUGAGGCUGAUCAAGGACACCAAGGAGCGGAUAACGGAGUACCUGAGGAGGAAUGCGCCAGAGCUGGAGCUGCACGCCGAGCUCAUCGACGCGAUGUUCGGGUACAACAUGCUCAACGUGUCAUCCUGGGGCGGCAUCGGGCUGGACGCCGUUGAUUUCGGCGGCGGGCGGCCAGCGCGGGUGGUGCCCAACAUGGAACGGACGCUGGCGCCGUCCUGCUUCCCGUGCCUGCCGUGCUCGAGGAACGACCAUGGUGGUGCCAACCUGGUAGCGUUCUGCGUCGCGGAGGAGCACGUCCAGGAGUUCAAUGCGGAAUUGGCGAGGCUGCGGUGAUCCAAUUUUGUUUCAUCUCUGUUCUACUCGUACUACUGCGCAUGGUUUGAGUUGUACUCCAUUUCGUAAGCCGUUCCUACAUAUAGUUUGCAUAUCAAGAGUCAAUCUCCAGCCAAAUAAACAGGAAAACUAUAGGUUUUUG